GAGGGUAGAGGAAGGGCUGUGAGGAGCAGGGGGGUGGAAGGCUGCCCAGCUUCCUCCCCAAAUGGAUGCACAGGGAAAGCAGUGGAUGAGAGCUAGAUGCAGGAAUGUGGGGCUUGGGGAAAAAGCAGUGGGUGCCUUCAUUGCCCUGGGAUGAUGUGGGUGAGAAUGGGGUGGGAACUCAGUGCCUGUUUUCUGAGGAUGGCUGCAAACUGAUGCUUGGCUGAAUGUGAGAAGAUGGAGAGCUCUGCACACCCCUGACUGCGUGUGGAGGGUCAGAGCUGUGCCUUGAAGUCCCUGCAGGAGCCUUGCCCAGGGGUGUAAGGUCACAGGGAGCCUUCCUGCAAUCCUGGGGUGCAGGCAGAGCUGGGGUCUAGGGCAGAGUGUGACAAGGACCUGCUAAUCCCUCUGCAGCUGCUGGAGAUGCCAGAGGGCCCGUCAGUGAGGAAGUUCCAGCUGCUGACCUCCCCUUUUGUGGGACAAGUGGUGGCCAAGGUGGGGGGAAGCAGCCGGAAGCUCAGUGUGAAUGACCUGAAUGCCCUGAGGCUCCAGGACUCCCAGGUUCAUGGGAAGAACUUGUACCUGGCAUUUGUGGCAGCUGAAGGUCCUGUUGGACCAACUGCAGAAGAGACAGCGCUGCAAAGAGAGGCUGCUUGUGGGGCACACUGUCCUGCCCAGGGACAGCAAGGACAGGAUGGUGCUCCACAUCCCCAUUCCCAGGAUGAGGAGCUGCAGGAAGCCCAGCACUCAAGAUCUGAAGGCCCAGAGGCAGCAGAGGGUCGGGGCAAUUGGCUGCGCGUCCACUUCGGCAUGUUCGGCAGCGUCCGGGCAAACGAGUUCUCAAGGGCAAGCAGAGCCAAUAAAAGGGGGGACUGGAAGGAUCCUGUGCCCAGGCUGGUUCUGUACUUUGAGAGUGGAGGUUUCCUUGUUUUCUACAACUGCCGGAUGCUCUGGUGCUCCUCUCCAAAGGCUGAUCCUGCUUCUGACAUCCUGUCUGUGGAAUUCCACCGUGGCCGGGCGCUGCGUGCCCUCUGUGCACCCGAUCCCGUCUGCUACACCCUCCUAGACCAAAGAUAUUUUUCAGGGCUGGGGAACAUCAUUAAGAAUGAGAUCCUGUACCUGGCCAGGAUCCACCCGUUAACACCAGGCUCCCUCUUGGCUCUCUCAGAUCUGGAGCGUCUGCUGGACUGCGCCCUUCAGUUCAGCUCUGAGUGGCUGCACAGCAAACUGCGUGGCCAAGGGCUGCACCCCCAGGUGUACCAGAAGGAGCAGUGUCCCCUGGGGCAUCCCCUGAUGAAGGGCACUUUUGGACCCUCGGGUGGCUUCAAGAGACUUACGUGGUGGUGCCCUCAGUGCCAGCCUGCGGUGCUGCCAGGGGAUGGGGACCCUUCCCCAGUCACUGAGUGACCUGUCCUGCAGGGUGCUGGGUGGUCUCUGAUCCACGCUCUUUGUUGUCCUAGAAGGUCUCUGGGGUUUCUUUUAGGCUGUUGAGUUUGGCCCUUAGGGAGUUGGCAGAGUUAAGUGCUCAGUGGAGGUCCCAGGUCCACUGAGUGGCUGCAGAAAGGAAAAAGUGGCUGCCCAUGGUUUUUUUUUUGGUUUUUUUUGUCACAUUGGCACCACAGUGUAAAGUUUGACCAGGUUUGAGGUGCAUUGGUCACCCCAUUCAGGUGGCAGUGGGUGGGAAGUGUAGAAGGGUGAGCAGGGGAUUGCCGUGGUCUGAAGUGACUCUCACUUGACCCCAGAGGAGUCAGCAAAACAGAGGAUAUCCCUCUGCCUAAGCAGCUUGAUUAAUUAGGAAUUAAAUAAUCCUGCCUCUGUUUGGAGCUGAAUACCUGUGUGCUGGGCUGUUAUUGGGUGUGGUUAAACACGAGGGGCUGUUCUCUGUGUCAGAGCUGACAGGAACAGCUCCCUCCUUCCACGUCAACAUACACAAAAUGUAUGUCAGCAGUGCUUGGCGGAGCUCAUCUCUGCACCCACAGGUUUCAGCUUUGUGGCAACCUGCCAAUUCCAGAUCUCACUGUAAAAAUGAAAAAAAAAAAAUUACAGUGUGUGACAGUGUUGCAUAAAACUCAGGAUCUCCAAGGAAACUGAAAGCAGAAAGGUUUGGAAAUAGAGCUGUGUCUCUGUAUACUAGGUGGGAACUGCUGCUGUCCUCUCUCCCUGGAUUUGAGUUUAUUUUAAUAAUAAGUUGUUGACUUGAGCAAAAAAAAUAAAAGCUGGAUUAGAAUCA